AUGGGGAAUUGUUUAGUGAGUCGCAAGGAUCCAGUACCAUUGGCUUUUGAUUAAGCAGAAUAUUAAGCACUUAAUAAUCAGUUCCACUAUUAUUGUGAAUUAAGUAGCCAAACACGAGAUGCUAAGGGGCUGAACUAGAAAUCAUUUGAAGAUAUUUUCUGUGAAAAUCCAUCUUUUGGAAUUAAGUUAUUCAAAUUUUUAGAGUCAUAUUCCGGAUCUCAGGGAUUAAUUAAGAAAGAGCCUUUGUUUGAAUUUUUGGAAUUGUUGGUCAAAGAUGUUCAAACUAAUAUUCCUACGUUUAAGAACCUGGAGAGAUUUGAACUCAUGUCCUUGAUUUCAUUAUAAGAUUCUAAAUUUUUAGCAACCAAAGAAGAAUUAGCUUAAUUGCAAUUGACAUAUCUAGACACCAUAGGAGUCAUUAAAGAUUUAAUUAAAAUGCAUUAAAUAGGUAAAAAAGUAGUUGCUACCAAUGAGAGAUACAUUAAAACUUUGGUUGAUAUGCUUUAUAAAACUGAAGCUGGUUCCUUAUCUUGGGUUAAUUUGGUGGAAUUUGUGACAAAAUAAAUGCCAGGAACUAAGCAAACUAUUAAACUCUAUUUUUAGGCAAAAUUCAUGGGAAAAUAAAUUAAUAAUUUUAUUCCAGUUAUUAAUACACCAUCCUAUUUCUUGACUGAUGAAUUAUAUUUCCAAUUAUUACUGAGCACAAAUUCAAUCUUAAAAAAUUGUUCAUAAUUGACUUUACUUUAUUCCAAUAUUGCUCAUUAGGGUGGGUUUAAUUAAAUGAUUCAGGCUAUGAAAGAUAGUAAAUUACCCACAUUAAUAUUGGUAUAACACGAGGAAAUUUAUGAUUAAAAAGUUAAAUUGUAGAAUUUUGGAGCAAUUACUAAUUUGAAAUGGUAUGAUACUUAAUAGUAUUUUGGAACUAAGGAUGAUUGUAUUUUUAGUCUCUAUCCUUAUUAUAAGAUAUUUAAAUCAAAAAAAGGAGAAGAAAAUUAUUGUUAUUUAGAUUCCUAAAAGGGUUUUGGAUUCGGAGGCAAGAAUGCUGAAGGAUGCCGAAUUUGGAUUGACAAAAACAUUGAAAAUUCAUAUUGUAACCAGUUUGAUGAUACUUAUGAGAACGGCCCAAUCGUACUUCCCUAUGUCAAGAAGCUCAAAAUCAAAAUUAUUGAAAUUUGGGCUAUCCAACAUCCAGCUGAGGAUUUAGAUGAUAAUACAGAAGUCAUAGUAGAUUUAAAGGAUCCUCUCCUUUAAUAACCUGAUGAAGUAUAAUUUCCAGAUUCCAACGCUGAUUACUAUUGGGUUAAUUAAGAUCAAAAAAUUGAAGAAAAGAAUUCUGGGUAUUAUUGGGAAGUAUAGGAUGAGGCAAAAUGA